AUCUUCCGAGCCUGCUCAAGCGUGCUGCCAAAGCUGGGUGCAGCAUUUACGCUUUCGGCUUCGGCACGGACCAUGAUGCUCAGAUGCUUCACGAAAUUGCAGAAGUGGCGCGAACGCCGUUUACCUACGUGGAGAACACGGCAGCGGUUCCAGAGGCUUUUGCCGGUGUGGUGAGUGGCCUCUCCAGUAUUGUGGCGCAGCAGGUGCAGCUUUCAAUAAAGUGCGAUGCUGUGCUGAAAGAUGUAAAUACGCCGUUUCAGGUGGAACGCGACGGGGAACGUAAUGCCGUCGUAACGAUACCAGACAUUUUCGCAGAAGAGCGCAGGGACAUUCUGCUUGAGCUUUCCGUUGCCGAG